AUGACGACGAGCUACAUCAAGAACCGCCUGCCUUCACCCAGGAUCGACCACAAGACUCCGUUCGAGAUCGUGUACAAGUCGAAACCAAGCGUCAAGCACAUGCGCGUGUUUGGAUGUCAAGCGUACAUCCUGACACUAAAAUUGAAGCGAAUGAAGUGUGACUCAAAGGCUCGUGUACGGAUGUUCAUGGGCUACGAAGAAGCGUCAAAGGCGUACCGAGUGUACGACAUUGAGGCAGGCCAAGCGGUGAUCAGUCGUGACUUCACCUCCGACAAAUCGACUUUUGACUUUUCGAUGAGCCGAUCAAGUGACGAUGAUAAAGAUGCGGAGUUGGACCUCAACCUCCUGGCGAUCAACAAUGACGACGUGCGUCAGAUCACCUACAAGCAGACUGGCAAGCGCAAGAGUGAAGCAAGCACCGGCAUGUCACGAUCAUCUCACCAUCGAACUGGGUUGGAACAAGCAAGUGUGCCGGAACGCGUCUCCAACCGUCACCAGAAACGACGAUCAAGUGCUCCCGAAAUGAUGUCAGAUGACGAAGAAGAUGUAGGCGCCUACGAUCAAGAUGACGACUUUGAUCGUUUGGAGUUGGUGAAGGCGAUCUACGGUCUCAAGCAAGCUUCGUGGGUAUGGAACGAGAAUUUCGACGUGUUCGUGUGCUCCAUCGGUUUCGAGGUGCCGGCGUUCGACCCAUGUCUAUACAUCAAGGUGGUCGGUAGUCAGUGUGUUCCCGUGCUGGUUUACGUGGAUGGCGUGUUGGUGACCGUCAGAUCGCUCGAGUUGAUUGCGUAA